UCUUGUCCCUCGGUCCGGAAGCGGGGGUGCCCGAAUCCACUACUUCGGUAGUCUGCCUGCCUGGGAGGCGGACGCCCCCAGGGCGCAGAGCCUCGCAGGGACGCACCCACGAGCCGGAAAAAUGUGGGUGUUUGGUUACGGGUCCCUGAUCUGGAAGGUGGAUUUCCCCUACCAGGACAGGCAGGUCGGAUACAUCACGAACUACAGCCGGCGCUUCUGGCAGGGUAGCACCGACCACCGAGGGGUCCCGGGCAAGCCUGGAAGAGUUGUGACUCUUGUUGAAGAUCCUGGGGGAUGUGUAUGGGGUGUUGCUUAUAAACUCCCAGCAGGAAAAGAAGAAGAAGUAAAAGCAUCCCUUGACUUCAGAGAGAAAGGAGGCUACAGAACCACAACAGUCAUUUUUUAUCCAAAAGAUCCCACAACAAAACCAUUCAGUGUGUUGCUAUAUAUUGGAACAUGUGAUAAUCCUAAUUAUCUUGGUCCCGCACCUCUGGAAGACAUUGCUGAACAAAUUUUUAAUGCAGCUGGUCCAAGUGGAAGAAAUACAGAAUAUCUUUUUGAACUUGCAAAUUCUAUUAGAAGCCUCAUCCCAGAAGAUGCAGAUGAGCAUCUUUUCUCUUUGGAAAAAUUAGUAAAGGAACGUUUAGAAGAAAAGUAGAACCUCAUUUGUAUAUAAAAACCUAAUAAUUGACUUUGCCAAACAAGCAAACCUUUCUAUCUUCAGAGAGUAACUUCAGUGCACAAUGGCAAUGUGUUUACUUGAAGAUAUCUUUAAUGUUCUAGUCAAUCAUCAUCUAGCUUUAUAGUUUAACUUCAAGUGUCCUGAAACACACUUAAAAGAUUGUCAUACAGAGAAAGAAAAAAAAUUCAAGUUUUAAUAAUAUGAAUUCCUACCUAUGAUAUUAAACACUUGCUCAUUAUGAGUUCUUUAAAAAUAUAUAAAA